AUGCCACCGAUCAGAGAACAUGCUGAGGAAGAACAGUCUAAACUAUUAGAUGACCGAAAACGUGGAGGAGGAAAAAGAUCGCCUAGCAUUAACACGAGGGCUUCUCGGGUUGGAGUAACGAAUUUUAUUAACGUCAUAAAAUCUUUACAUCCCGGUCAAUCGAUCAGCUAUUUCCCGAUUACGCGGGAAACGCUUGAGGAAUAUAUUGAUGCUAAACGCAAGGCACAUAUAAAAUCGGGAUCUUUGGAACAAUAUUUACAGCACAUCCAAGCCUAUAACCUAGCACUUGGCUACGGCUGGGAUGGCUCAGUGUUCGGCCCAUUAAUUAAGAAAUCAUUAGAUGAGCUAAGGCUUAUUGAAGAGGAAGCUCUCGCAUUAACACAAUCCUUACAGACUGAAGUCUCGCUCGAUUCCUCGAACGAGAGCACGAAUAGAAUUUCCAACCUGUUGACUAUUGAUGAACACGCCAACAUUGACGAAAACGAAAACAUUGAUGAAAAGAAUUCAAAGAUGAUAUCAUUGCUGUGCUUCGAUGCUACAACAAUUCUGGAACAGCGUGCCAAUAUAAAUCUCGAUAAUUUGAAGUAUGUGGAGCCUUUGUUAAACUUAAAACAGUUAUACGACAAUAUUUCUUCUGCCACUGUGCCCCUAUCAUGGGGAAGCGUGGAUGUUCUUCGGCUCUAUUAUCGAAUUGGCACACGUGAUGAUUCACAACACUACGAACUAAACGAUGAAUCUGCGUUUGUUCAUUUUUGGACAAGCUUUAAUAAACAAGAUGUUCAAUUGAUUGUCUAUCGUAAAAGUAAUAAUGAUAGUUCCAACGUUGUUGAUCUUACCUCGAGACGAUCGGAACCACUCUCACCUUCUAAAACUUUAGACACUUUGCCCACUUUAAAAUCUAUCACCAUAAGAUCUAAGUCUCGGGUAUACAAACAAAGAAUUGCCGUAUCAGAUACUACGACAUUUGCCUCUUUGGUCUCCUUUGCGAUUAGACUAACUCUUCCACCUGGAAAACAACUUGUUAUUAGAGAUACUGCUAGUGAUUUGGAAUACAUGCCUGGCGACCUCGUCAGAGAAGUGAUCAAAGGUGUCGAGCACGCUGACGUUACUGCCGCCAUAGAAGACGUCAAUACUAUAGACUUUAACUACUUUUGA